CUCACUCAGUCUCAGUCUCAGUCUCACACUCUCUUCUCUCUCUCUCUCUCUCUCUCUUUUUUUUAUUAUUAUUAUUAUUUUCUUCACUUUCCAAUUUUGGUUUAUUAAAUUUAAAGCUUCGAUUCUCUUCUUUCUACAGCUAAACUGGAACAACUUUUCUUUUUAUUAAUUAUUUAAUUCUACUAAUUUUUUUAUAUAUACUGAUUAGUUAUUACUAUUUGUAGCGCCACAUUGUGAACAUACAAGCUUCUUCUUCUUCUACCUUUUGAAUUUUGUUUUCUUAUCUCAAUAAUCUGAAACAAACAAAGGGGGGGAGUUUGGAUGAUAAUGAUGAUGGGUGACUGUUUUUUCUGUCAAAUUCUUCUUUCUUUUCUUUGUUUUUUAUUUUUAACAACAACUAGUUCUUCCGGGAACAGUGAACUAGACGUACUAUUGAAGCUCAAGACUGCCAUGACCGGACCUAAAGGUUCGGGUCUUGAGGAUUGGAAACCAUCUUCACCGUACUGUUCCUUUUCUGGAGUCACGUGCGACAGCGAGUCACGUGUGAACACACUAGUCGUUAGAAACUUACCUCUCUUUGGUUACUUACCACCAGAGAUAGGGAUGUUGAGCAAGCUAGUGAACCUGACAAUCGCCUGUGACAAUCUCACUGGCAAGCUUCCGGCGGAAAUGGCUAACCUUAAGUCACUCAAGCACUUGAACAUCUCCAACAACGCCUUCAGUGGUAUUUUCCCUGGAGAAAUCACACUCGGGAUGACAGAGCUUGAAGUUCUAGACAUUUACGACAACAGUUUCACGGGUCCAUUACCGGUUGAGAUUGUUGGGCUUAAAAAAUUGAAGCAUCUUCAUCUUGGUGGGAAUUACUUCUCUGGAAGCAUACCGGAAAACUACUCAGAGAUUCAGAGUUUGAUGUAUUUGGGUCUCAACGGUAACAGCCUCACGGGAAAGUUUCCGGCUAGCUUAGCUCUGUUGCAGAAUCUCGAGGAAAUGUAUGUUGGGUACGAUAACAAUUACGAUGGUGGUAUUCCUCCAGAAUUGGGUUCCAUGAACUCACUUAAAUUACUGGAUAUGGGUGAAUGUAACCUCACCGGCGAGAUACCCGUAACUCUGAGCCAAUUGAAGAAUUUACACUCUUUGUUCUUACAGAUAAACCGUUUAACAGGGCAAAUUCCGCCGGAGCUUUCUGGUUUAGAGAGCUUGAUGUCUUUAGAUCUCUCGAUCAAUCAGCUUACUGGAGAAAUACCAGCUAGUUUCUCUGGGUUGAAGAAUUUGACGCUACUCAAUCUGUUCAGGAACCGUUUUUUCGGUACUAUACCAGAGUUUAUAGGUGAGCUUCCACAUCUUGAGGUGCUUCAGAUAUGGGAUAACAAUUUCACGUUUUACUUACCGGAGAGUCUUGGCCGGAACGGGAAGCUUAAGGAUCUUGACGUGACCAACAACCACUUGACUGGACUCAUUCCACGUGAUUUGUGCAAAGGUGGAAGAUUGAAGACUCUCAUUCUGAUGCAAAAUUCUUUCUUCGGAACCAUUCCUGAUGAGCUCGGACAGUGUACAUCGCUAACUAAAAUCCGAAUUGGUAAGAAUUUCUUCAAUGGCACCAUUCCAACUGGGAUUUUCAAUUUGCCUAACGUAAGCAUUAUAGAGCUGAAUGAUAAUUUCUUUUCUGGGCAACUUCCGUCUCGAAUUUCGGGAGAUUCUCUGGGGAUUUUAGUUCUUUCCAACAAUUGGGUCUCCGGCAAAAUCCCACCUGCGAUUGGUAACCUCAAGAAUUUGCAAACUCUUUCCAUUGAACAUAACAGGUUUUAUGGUGAAAUCCCUAGUGAGAUAUUUGGUUUAAAUAAUUUAACUAGGAUCAACGUAAGUGCUAAUAAUCUUAGCUGUGAAGUUCCGAUAACAAUUACGAGUUGUGCUUCACUUACUGCCAUUGAUUUUAGCCAGAACAGCUUGGUCGGUGAAGUCCCUAAAGGGAUAUCAAAGCUAAGGGAUUUAAGUAUUCUAAACUUGUCCAAAAACCACCUCACUGGUGAAGUCCCAUACGAAAUCAAAUCCAUGACCAGCCUCACUACCCUUGAUCUCUCUUACAACGAUUUCAUUGGCCAUGUUCCAGUAGACGGACAGUUCAUGGUAUUCAACGACACGUCGUUUGUUGGGAACCCAAAUCUCUGUCCGCCACGUCAUACCUCCUCAACAUGUUCAUCCAUGGGGAACAGAGUCGGAACCCCUAGUGGAGGCAACAAGGUCUUGAACCCAACCAAGCUCAGCAUAAUUCUAAUCUUCCUCGUCACUGCACUUCUACUGGUUCUCCUCACACUCUACCGAAUACGCAAGAGAAAGCUUCAAAAAUCAAGAGCAUGGAAGCUCACAGCCUUCCAGCGCCUCGAUUUCAAAGUGGAGGACGUGCUCGAUUGCGUGAGGGAAGAAAACAUCAUAGGAAAAGGGGGCGCGGGAAUCGUCUACCGUGGGUCAUUGCCUUACGGAGCUGAAGUGGCGAUCAAGAAACUGUACGGUCGCGGGGGUUCCGAUCAUGGAUUCUCGGCUGAAAUUCAAACGCUGGGACAAAUCAGGCACAGAUAUAUUGUGAGGCUUUUGGGUUAUGUUUCUAAUAAUGAUACGAAUUUAUUACUGUACGAGUACAUGCCUAAUGGGAGUUUGGGAGAGUUAUUGCAUGGUUCUAAAGGAGGGCGUUUAGAGUGGGAAACAAGGUACAAAAUCGCUGUUGAAGCAGCCAAAGGUCUGUGUUACCUCCACCAUGAUUGUUCGCCUUUGAUUAUACAUAGAGAUGUUAAAUCCAAUAAUAUCUUAUUGGACUCCGAUAUGGAGGCCCAUGUUGCUGAUUUUGGGCUUGCUAAGUUUUUGAGAGACGCUGGUGUUUCUGAGUGCAUGUCUUCUAUUGCUGGCUCCUAUGGUUACAUUGCUCCAGAGUACGCUUAUACGUUGAAAGUGGACGAGAAAAGUGACGUGUACAGUUUCGGAGUGGUGUUGUUGGAGUUGAUUGCGGGAAGGAGACCAGUUGGGGAUUUCGGGGACGGAGUGGACAUAGUGAGAUGGGUCACUAAGACCACCUCCGAGCUAGCUCAGCCGUCCGAUCAGGCUGCUGUGCUGGCGGUAGUGGACCCCAGACUUCACAAUCCUUCAUUGACAGGUGUCAUUCAUCUGUUCAAGAUAGCUAUGAUGUGUGUUCAGGAUGAAAGCUCUGCUAGGCCCACCAUGAGAGAAGUUGUUCACAUGCUCACUAAUCCUCCUACUCCUAGGAUUGCUCCAACUCCAACCCGUUUCAGUCUUUAAUCAUCCUAUUAUAUAACUAUCCAAUCUUUUUCUUGAACUGCAAUACUAUAUAAUAGAUAUAGACUACUUUUUUCCUUUUUUUUUUGAGUAAAUAAAAUGCAAAAUUACCAAAAUGUAUUAUAAUAUUUUGUCCAAAAAAAUAUAUGUUGCAUUUGUAAUAUCUAGUUUGUUUUAAGGUAAUCAAACAAUUUACAGCCCAUUGGUUUGGUGUAAUCAUUUUUGGAAUGGAAUGAAAGUUUCCAAUUCUAA